AUGCUGCCUCAAAGGCUCAUUAACCUUAAACAAUCAGUAAGGCUAAACUCAACUGUGGCGUUAACAAAAAAAGAGGAAUACUAUAAAAAACAAAACACGUCAGCCCUUGAAGUCAAUGAAAAACCUCUAGGUUGGGACCAGGCCAAACCAUUCGAAAGCAUACCUGGCCCUAAACCUCUGCCUGGCAUUGGAAACAUAUUUAGGUUUUUUCCGGGUGGGAAGUAUUAUGGACUCAACUUAUUGCAAUUUCAAAAAAGAUUGACUGAGGAAUAUGGGUCAUGUGUAAUGUUAAAGGGUAUGCCUGGGUCUAUAAGUGAAAUUCUAAUGACAUUUGAUCCGAGCGAUAUCGAAACAAUUUUUAGAGUUGAAGGUACGUGGCCGAUAAGGCAUGGUAUGGAUUCCUUCAGAUAUUACAGAGGUGCCAUAAAAAAAGAUUUGUUUCAAGGUGUAAUAGGUUUACUGUCAUUAGGUGGAGAGGAAUGGGCAAAGAUAAGGUCGAUGGUAAAUCCAUUGUUAAUGCAGCCAAAAAUAGUAAAGCAGUAUAUAGGCAACAUGAAUAUUAUUGCGGAUGGUUUGUUAGAAAGAGUAAAUUUAUUAGCUGCCCAAAAUAAAGAAAUGCCAGAAGACUUUCUUAUGUUGUUACACAAAUGGGCUUUAGAAUCGGUAGCUGUAGUUGCUAUAGAUGAAAGAUUAGGUUGUUUGGACCCCAAUUUGCCCCCGGAUUCCCCACAAAACAAAUAUGUGGAUAGUGUUUUGGAAAUGCUGGAUUUGGUUUACUAUUUGGAUAUACUACCUUCAAUGUGGAAAUAUUACAGUACCAAACGGUGGAAGCGAUUUGUAAGACUAAUGGAUUAUAUAACAGAAACGAACAUUGCAUACUUAGAAAAAUGCAAGGAAAAAAUUGAAAAAAACCCACACAAAAGCGAAGAGGAUAUGAGUGUGUUGGAAAAAUUAAUCAAGAAAGAUAAAACAAUUGCUUUGGUCAUGAUCAUGGAUAUGCUUAUAGCUGGAGUCGACACUACAGGAAAAACCAUGGGAGCAGCCCUCUAUUACCUAGCAAAAAAUCCUGAUAAGCAGGAAAUACUACGACAAGAAGCCAUUAGGAUUUUACCGUCAAAAAACACCGCUGUUACCAAAGAAAUGCUAGAAAAUGCGGCUUAUUUAAAGGCUGUAUUUAAAGAAACAACAAGAAUAGCACCAAUCGCUACAGGGACCGUAAGGAAAAUAGCUAAAGAUGCUGUUAUUGCUGGUUACCAAGUCCCCAAAGGCACACAAGUAAGCAGUGCACAACUUUUCGUAGCCACAUCAAACAAAUUUGUUAAAAGACCUUUGGAAUUUAUCCCGGAAAGAUUCUUAAGAAACGAAAAGGAUUCCGAAUUGUCAUACAAAAACAUGCAUUCUUUUGCUUAUUUACCUUUUGGCUUUGGCCCACGAACCUGCAUUGGAAAGAGGUUGGCAAACAUGGAGCUUGAAGUUGGUUUGCUUAAGCUGGUGAGGAACUUUAAAUUCGACUGGCCUCAUGAAGAUAUUCCGUUUAACUCUAAACUGCUCUAUGGUAUUGAUGGACCUUUGAAAUUGCAUAUAACACCUUUGGACAAUAAAAUAAAUGAAUAAGUGUUUUGCAACAGCCGUCUUUGAUAAGUGUUGCACAAUAAUUAAAUAAUAACUGUAAACAAAGCAUUUAGAAAAAUUUAUUUAUAACAUAAUAAAAAUACCUUUUUGCUUCUAAAAAUGUAUUUUAAUGAUAUAAGCAUAUUUUUAUAUUAAAUAUGUGGA